AUGGAAUUUAAUGCGGUCCAGCAAUAUCGACCAACGUCUUCCACUAAUAGGCAAUUUCCUCACGCGCAACCUACGUUACAACAGCCACCAAAUAUGAUGUAUCCUUACGGCAACAUGCAAAUGCAACACCACUUGCAGCGUCAAUCGCAACAACAGCAACAGCAACAACAUGCCCCUCAACAACAAUCGAAACCCUCACCACCCUAUCCCACGUGGGCCGUACCACAGACCCACUCACCGUAUAACCAAAUGCAACGAAGUGCCAUGCCAGCCAGCAGAGACGACCAUGAACAAAGGCAACCCAAAAUCAACGUAACCUCUUCGCACUCUCCAGCCAUGAGCAACGCCACCUUCCGCAAUGCCAUUUCCGGUCCGGAAACUCUUCAAGCACCGGACUAUUUCCCCGGUGUCAUCGAUACUAGUCCUUGGGGGCAAAAAGUAUGUGAAGAGCUGGAAGCAUUCCCUUCCAUGGACCCAGAUAUGGCUGAGUUCAACCAAGGCCUGAUGGGUCACGACGAGAACACGCCAAUUAUUGACCUCAGGCAGUACCACGGCAUGGAACAGCAGGAGGCCGAUCAGUUGACGAAUUUCAACCCCACUUCGUCUCGAAGAUUGUCCGAAUCGUCGUUUUCCAUGUCAAGUACUGGCGGUGUGCUUCCAGAAGUGACCACUUACGAAGAGUUGGGUUCGUCCGAAGCCGUUUCAUACGCGUCGGACUGUGAAGCGUGGAACAACCUAGAGCCAGCGCCAAGCCUACUGUCACCACUCGCUUCACCACGGCGACCUCAGCACGAUAACGUCGUCCGAAGCGGAAGCCGCUCGCGAGUGUCACCGGCGCCCCAUAAUAAUGUGCGAUCGUCGCCGUACACAUUGGAGAGCACCCGCUUCAAGAGGUGGUCGACAGGCCAUGCACCAACUUCAACACCCGUCAGCUCUCGCGCACUGGCCCAGGUGCAGGAUAGAUUCACGCCUUAUGGAUCUAGACUGAAUCCGCAUCAUUCUAUGCCGGCGUACCCAUCAAGUGCGAUGCACAGUUUUGGACUACAGACUCAAAAUGUCCUAUACUCACAGCCCCAUCCUCUUCAAUCCAGCAACCCCACACUCUUCUCAUCUCAUGACCAACCAUAUCAGCUCGAAGUGCCUCGUCCACUUCCUUCCCAGGGCCUGUUCCGCCUCCUCCAAAGUAACGCGGAUCGUCAUGGUGGCUGCGCAUCCCAUUUUGCCGACCUGUCGGACCCUCCGGACUUAUACUCCUCACUCCAUGAGGAGCCCAGUAAUCCCCCGGAAUCGGACAUGAAUCCUUCAGAUCCUGACAUGGUGCCCCACGAGCAGGAUCUUCGCUUCACCGGAGAUUUGUAUACUCCGCGUUGGGUUCGCGGCCACGGCAACAAGCGCGAGGGUUGGUGUGGACUUUGCAAACCAGGGCGAUGGCUUGUACUCAAGAACAGCGCCUUCUGGUACGACAAGAGCUUCACACAUGGUGUCAGCGCCGCAACGGGCGCUGCAUUCCAAGGACCACAACGAACACGGAGGACAGAAGGUAACCUCGAUGUAUGGGAGGGCCUCUGUGGUAGCUGCAACGAGUGGAUUGCGCUCGUAAGCAGUAAGAAGAAGGGGACCACGUGGUUUAGACAUGCAUACAAGUGUCACACGCAUCCUAAAGUAAAAGAUGGCCCAAAACGCCGCCGUGAAACCCACACUGUGCGAGCUCGAGCUGCAUCAUCGGCCUCGGCAACGUCAUCCUCGUACCCAAUCAACAGAGACGCACCGCAAGAGUCCGCAGCAGUAUCGGUGCCGGCACGGCACAACCUGCAUUCCACGCCCACGCCUAGCGCAUCAGCUGCGACUGCAUGUAGUACUCCGCAACAGCAGUACGUCGGCAUGCCGACUUCCUUGUCCUUAUCCCACUCUCAGCCGUCGGCAUCGUACCCGAUAUCCACUCCCACUAGCAUGCAGCCGCCCACCACCUAUUCAGAGAUGCAGCCGAAGCAAGAACCUAUAGUCGGUCUAUUCGGCUCACCACUACAGUCAAUGGGCAAUUUCGGAACAUCUGGUGGACCAAACCCUGCAAUACAAGUCUCCGAGCCUGAGCUUGUUGGCAUUAGGAUGAACCCGCCACUCAACAGUCUUGCAAGCAUGAUAUAA